AUGCCGCCCACGCACACCCUCCUCCCCCUCCAGCGCGCACACCAGUCGCCCCGCAACUUUCGCAACGCGGGCAACUCGUGCUACAUCUCGUCGCUGCUCGUCUCCCUCUUCGCCGACUUUGACGCCCUCGACGCGCUGCUCCUCGCCCCCACGCCCCUCUGCGACGCGCUCCGCCGCGCCGUCAACCUCGUCCGCUCCGCCCAGCCCGUCUCCUUGCCGCGCGUGCGCGCGCUUCGCGCCGCGCUCAUCGACGCGGGAUGGCACCGCGGCACGGGCCAGCAAGACGUCGCGGAGCUGCUGGCCUUCCUCUUCGACGCCCUCUCGGCCCCGUUUGUCCCCUUGUACAACAACAUCCUGCAUGCCCGCACGCCCGACCCCGCCGACCACGUCCCGUCCACGGAGCGUCUGCUCUGGCUGGACGUCCCGCCGCCGCCGCCCUCGGCGCCCCGCGUCCACCUCCGUGCCCUGCUGGACGACUACUUCUUCGCCCAGACGAGGCCCGGCCUGAGAAGGCAGGGCGUGGGCGUCGACGCCACCGUCGCGAAGAGCCUGCUCCCGUUCUACACCCCGGACCGGGAGACGGGCGAGACCGUGCGCGCCACGCGCCACAAGUUCCGCUACCUCACCCUCCCGCUCGCCCUGAAGCGCUUCGGCGCGCACUCCGGGGAGAAGCGCCGCGACCCGGUCAGCAUCCCGACCGCGCUGGACUGCACGGACUACGUCAACGAGUUUGCGGGCGGCGCACGGUACUCCAUGCUGCUGCGGAGUGUCGUGUGCCACCGCGGCCCGUCCAUUGGCGCCGGCCACUACGUCGCGUACACGUACGGCCCGCGCGUGGGGUGGCGCCAGUGGAACGACCUGGACGAAGGCGCCGUGCGCAGCGCGCGCGGCUCCGCGGCCACCGGCGAGCCGGAGCGCGAGAUGUGGGCCGAGGAGAUUGCAAGGGAUAGCUACUUGCUGCUUUAUGAGCUCGUGCCAGGCGACGGGGAGGUAAAGGGCGCCGCGUGGCGCACGGAGCUCCAGAUCCUGGCCGACGCUCACUUGGCCGCGCAGAGGCAGUUCCAGGAGGAUCGCAGCGCCGCGCUGCGCGUGUCAGCAGAUGCUGGUGGUGUUGAUGCAUCAUAUUUUGCAAGACGGAGAUUUUGUAGCUGCGCAAGCGCGGGAGACGAUGGUGUGGUGGGGAAGGCGCUUUUUCUGGGCCGUGACAGAAGGACGUCGGAAAAGACCGCUUUGCCAAGGUUUUGUGGUGCUUGCUACAUAUGCAUCUUAAUGUUAAUUCUUGCUCGUUGCGAAGUUCACGGUUUUGGCGCAACCAGCCGGUUCGGAGCUCCGUUUGAAGUCGGUUCUUAACUUGUAACUUUCUUUAUAUAUAUACACCCAAGACGUUACGUCAAUGUAGCUGAUCGUUGCCGUUUAAUGAGCGGCCGCAAAUGUAAGCGUCGGCAGUUCGUAUGCCUCCG